AAAGCAAGACUCCAUUAUUUCAAAAAUUAAAAAUUAAAAAAUUAAAAAGAAAUAAAAAAGAAUAAAAUAAAAUAAAAAAAUAGUCAAAAAUCAUUGCAAUUUGAGCAAAUAAAUAAAAACCCAUUAAAAAUUCGUCAAAAUAGAGCUUUUUCUUUAGUGGGGAGAAGAAACAACUCUCUCUCUUCCUGUGUCUCCCAAGAACCCUUAUUUGCGUUUGCGUGGAGCUUUGCAAUCGACAUUGAAAUGGCUAACAGUAAUCUUCCCCGAAGAAUUAUCAAGGAAACUCAGCGUCUGCUCAGUGAGCCUGCACCUGGAAUAAGUGCUUCCCCGUCCGAAGAUAAUAUGAGGUAUUUUAAUGUGAUGAUUCUUGGACCUACGCAAUCUCCUUAUGAAGGAGGAGUAUUCAAGUUGGAAUUGUUUUUGCCUGAGGAAUAUCCAAUGGCUGCACCAAAGGUUCGAUUUCUUACCAAAAUUUAUCAUCCUAACAUUGAUAAGCUUGGAAGAAUAUGUCUUGAUAUUUUGAAGGACAAAUGGAGUCCUGCUCUCCAGAUACGAACUGUACUUUUGAGUAUUCAAGCACUUCUUAGUGCACCAAAUCCUGAUGAUCCGCUUUCCGAGAACAUUGCUAAGCAUUGGAAAUCAAAUGAGGCUGAAGCUGUUGAAACAGCAAAGGAAUGGACCCGUUUGUAUGCUAGUGGUGCUUGACGACUUGAUGGAAACUUUUGCUUCCUUCAAAUAACAUUAAUGCAAUGUAUCUUAAUUGACUGCAAAUUUUAAAAGAAAAUGUGGAGCACUGAUGCUUUAAAAGAUGGAGUUUAAUAUUCUCAAGCUUCAAGUUAUCGUCAAGUGUAUGUUUCCUUUGGAGGAUUAGGAUCCUCUCCAUCUCAUUUGAAAUGGAGAGAAUCAAAUUAAAUUUAGAAUGGAAGUUAUGUCAUAUUAAAUAACUUAAAUGGUAUAAUUUUUUUUUUUUAAA